AUGCCGGAGACUGUGAACUACCAAGAGGAUGAACGGAGAAGACAGGAAUAUUCGGGUCUCGAUCCCGAGAAGCCCAUUGCUCAGUGCACUGAACAGACAUUCGAAGUCAUCAGCUUUGCCGACAACGCGAAGCAGGGCGCCGAUCUGGAAAAACAGAUGACAUUGGGUCGAGCCAUCAAGCUAUAUCCCAAAGCUGUGUUCUGGUCUAUCGUCCUAUCGACUGCCCUGGUGAUGGAAGGUUACGAUACCCUUCUGCUAGCCAACUUCUAUGCGCUACCAACCUUCAGCAAGAAAUAUGGCACCUUGGAUACGGCAACUGGAAAUUACAAAAUAUCAGCUCCAUGGCGCUCUGGUUUGUCCGAUGGUGCUGCCGUCGGUGAAAUCAUUGGACUUUUCGUGACCGGUUAUAUUUCGGAGCGCAUCGGUUAUCGCAAGACAAUUCUUGGGGCUCUGAUCAUGAUCGCCGGCUUCAUCUUCAUCGUUUUCUUUGCUGUGGAUAUCAAGAUGCUUUUGAUUGGUGAAAUACUUUGUGGUUUGCCGUGGGGUGUGUUCCAAACAAUCACGACUGCGUAUGCUUCCGAGGUGUGUCCGGUUAGUCUGAGAGCAUACCUAACGACGUACAACAACUUGUGCUGGGUUAUCGGACACUUCAUCGCCUCUGGGGUACUCCGUGGUAUGGUCGACAACACUACGGCCGACGCCUAUCGUAUCCCCUUUGGAAUCCAGUGGAUGUGGCCACCAAUCCUUAUAGUUGGUGUUUAUUUCGCACCCGAGUCCCCAUGGUGGUUGAUCCGUAAGGGUCGGGUCGAAGAGGCGAAACUUUCAUUAUUGAGGCUCACAAGUACAAAUGAUGCGGAAUUCGACGUCGACAAAACCCUUGCGAUGAUGCAGCACACAGAUCAGCUCGAAAAAGAGGUCUCUUCCGGUACGAGUUAUCUUGAUUGCUUCAAGGGAGUGGAUCUUCGCCGAACUGAGAUCUGCACCGCUGCUUGGGUGGCCCAAAGUAUCUGCGGGUCAACUUUUAUCAGCUACUCAACCACAUUCUACGAACAAGCUGGACUUCCUACUGUGGACGCAUUCGACAUGUCGUUAGCACAAUACGCCAUCGCCGGGAUUGGAACCAUUUUGUCAUGGUGGGUCAUGACUUAUGUGGGCCGGCGAAGGAUUUACCUCGUCGGAACAGCGACAAUGUGUCUAAUUCUUUUCAUCGUCGGCAUGCUCGGCAUUGCCCCGACAAGCAACAAAACGGUAUCAUGGGCUAUCGGCUCAAUGAUUCUCGUUUUGGCCUUUGUAUAUGACUCUACGGUCGGUCCUGUAUGCUACUCUCUCGUCGCUGAGAUGUCGUCUACAAGACUGCGAGCCAAGACGAUUGUCCUUGCGCGCAACUUUUACAACAUAGCAGGGCUUGUGACAAACGUCCUUAUCAAUUAUCAGUUGACUUCUACCGCGUGGAACCGGGGCGCAAAGGCCGCUUUUUUCUGGCUUGGGACGUGCUUCCUGUGUUUUGUUUGGACUUUCUUCCGAUUGCCUGAGCCGAAGGGCAGAAGCUAUAGUGAACUCGACAUUCUUUUCGCUCAGAAGGUUCCUGCGCGCCAGUUUAAGCACACAAGGGUCGAUCCUUUCCACGCGAAGCAACGCUCAGCUAUCGAAAGCAAGGCAAAUGGGGAUGUGGAUGUUGUCUGA